AUGGAGAUGCAGAAGGGGAAAGGGGGCCCAGCCGCUGCAGCGGGCGGAGGAGGCGGCGGAGGAGGAGGAGGAGGAGGAGGAGGAGGAGGAGGAGGAGGGAAGCUGCUGAUCUACACCAGCCUGGAUGCCAAGGAUGAGUUAGAGGAGAGGCUCGAAAGAUGCAUGGGCACGGUGACCACCCUGACCGGCGGGGUCUCCGAGCGAGAAGCCAACGACGCCCUUAAUGCACACGUGUGCAAAGGAGCACCACAGCAUGAGGAGGUCUGCCUUGGGCUCUUCACCAUGAUCCUGACGGAGCCCGCUCAGGCCCAGAAGUGCUACCGAGACCUGGCGUUGGUGAGCCGAGACGGGAUGAAUACCGUGUUGAACAAGAUGAACCAGAUUCUCAUGGAGAAAUACCUAAAAUUGCAAGACGCCUGUCGAACACAGCUGGUUUGGCUGCUGCGCGAGAUGGUCCGGAGUGGGAUUCUCGGCAUUGACGGGAUUUGCAUGACGUUCAUGAAGCAGAUUGCAGGUGGAGAUGUGACCUCAAAGAACAUCUGGCUGGCAGAAAACAUUCUCGACAUGCUCACGGAACAGAGGGAAUGGGUGCUCAAAAGCGCGCUGCUGAUCGCUAUGUCGGUGUACACCUACCUGCGCCUCAUCGUCGACCACCACGGCUCGCCGUCCCUGCAGGCGCUCCGUCAGAAAGAAGUGGAUUUUUGCAUUGCUCUGCUCCGGGAUCGGUUUAUGGAUUGCUUCAUGGUCGGCCGAGAUCUGGUGCGGCUCCUGCAGAACGUUGCGAGGAUCCCUGAGUUCGAGCAGCUUUGGAAGGACAUCAUCCAUAACCCGCAGGUGCUGAGCCCCCAGUUCACAGGGGUGUUGCAGCUUCUGCAGUCCAGGACGUCCCGCAAAUUCCUGGCGUGUCGCCUCACCCCGGAUAUGGAGACCAAGCUGCUUUUCAUGACGUCUCGGGUACGUUUUGGCCAACAAAAGCGAUACCAGGAUUGGUUCCAGCGGCAGUAUCUCUCCACCCCGGAUAGCCAGUCCCUGCGCUGCGACCUCAUCCGCUACAUCUGUGGGGUGGUCCACCCAUCCAACGAGGUGCUGAGCUCGGAUAUCCUCCCGCGCUGGGCCAUCAUCGGGUGGCUGCUCACCACCUGCACGUCCAACGUGGCCGCGUCCAACGCCAAACUCGCCCUGUUUUACGACUGGCUUUUCUUCAACCCCGAUAAGGACAGCAUCAUGAAUAUCGAGCCCGCCAUCCUCGUCAUGCACCAUUCCAUGAAACCCCACCCGGCGAUCACGGCUACCCUUUUGGACUUCAUGUGUCGGAUCAUUCCGAACUUUUACCCGGCUCUGGAGGCCCACGUCCGGCAAGGCGUCUUCAACUCCCUCACCCACAUUGUGGAGAAGCGAGUCCUGGCGCACCUCGCUCCUCUUUUUGAUAAUCCGAAGCUUGACAGGGAACUCCGGGCCAUGCUAAGAGAGAAAUUCCCAGAGUUCUGCACUUCCCCCUCGCCUCCGGUCGAAGUCAAAGUCGAGGAGCCUGCGGCCACGGAGGUAGACAACCACAUGUCCGACAGAGACGACAGCUGUUACGACCACGCGGAAGCCGCCUUCAGCGACGACGAGGAGGACCUGAACAGCAAAGGGAAAAAGAGAGAAUUCCGUUUCCACCCCAUCAAAGAAGCCGCGAUAGACAUCACCCCAUUCUUGGUCCAGCUGGACGAGUCCCUGAAAGAUAAAAUCCUGCUGCUACAGAAGGGGAGCGAUACAGAAGCACAGUGUGAAGUCAUGCAGGAAAUUGUGGAUCAAGUCUUGGAGGAGGAUUUUGAUCAGGAGCAGCUAUCGGUCCUCGCGUCCUGCUUACAGGAGCUGUUCAAGGCUCACUUCCGUGGGGAGGUUCUGCCGGAAGAAAUCACGGAAGAGUCUCUGGAAGAAUCUGUGGGUAAACCUCUUUACUUAAUAUUUAGGAACCUCUGCCAGAUGCAGGAAGAUAACAGCAGCUUCUCCGUCCUUCUGGAUCUUCUCUCAGAGCUGUAUCAGAAGCAGCCCAAGAUUGGGUACCAUCUUCUCUAUUAUUUAAAAGCCAGCAAAGCGGCGGCUGGCAAGAUGAACCUGUACGAGUCCUUUGCCCAGGCAACGCAGCUGGGGGACCUGCACACCUGCUUGAUGAUGGACAUGAAGGCCUGUCAGGAGGAUGACAUACGGCUCCUUUGCUACCUCACGCCUUCUAUCUACACGGAGUUCCCCGACGAGACCCUCCGAAGUGGGGAGCUGUUAAACAUGAUUGUCGCCGUCAUCGACUCGGCUCAGCUCCAGGAAUUGGUGUGCCACGUCAUGAUGGGGAAUUUGGUGAUGUUUCGUAAAGACUCGGUCCUAAAUAUCCUGAUUCAAAGCCUGGAGUGGGAGACCUUUGAGCAGUACUGCACCUGGCAGCUCUUUCUGGCACACAACAUUCCCUUGGAAACCAUCAUCCCCAUCCUGCAGCACCUCAAGUACAAAGAACACCCUGAGGCCCUUUCCUGCUUACUGUUGCAGCUGAGACGGGAAAAGCCGACAGAAGAAAUGGUGAAAAUGGUGCUGAGCCGGCCGUGUCAUCCGGACGACCAGUUCACCACGAGCAUUCUCCGGCACUGGUGCAUCAAACACGAGAAUCACUUAAUAGAGCACAUCAAGUCUCUGCUGAUCAAGAAUAAUAGCCUGCCCCGGAAACGCCAAAGCCUGCGCAGCUCGAGCAGCAAGCUCGCCCAGCUGACCUUGGAGCAGAUUUUGGAACACCUUGAUAAUUUGCGCCUGAAUCUGACCAACACCAAGCAAAGCUUUUUCAGCCAGCCCCCGAUCCUCCAGUCCUUGCAGCACGUCCAGUGCAGCUGCGACGAAGCCCACAAGAUGAAGUUCAGCGACCUCUUCUCCCUGGCCGAGGAGUACGAAGACUCCUCCAGCAAGGUCCCCAAGAGCCGCCGGAAGGCCGCCGCGUCGAGCCCCCGCAGCCGCAAGAACGCGGCCCAGCAGCCGGCCAACGAGGAGGAGUCGGCCUCCAGCAGUGCUUCGGAGGAGGAAGACGCCAAGCCAAAGCCAACCAAGCGGAAACGGAAAGGGUCCUCGGCCGUUGGCUCAGACAGCGACUGAGAGGGGCGGGGGGCCCCUGCGGCAUGGCCCACCGCUGCAUCCCCCCCUUGCCACCGCUCUGCCUCGGGGCGAGGGGCUGCCGAGGCCCGGAUCGGAUCCGGCCUGGCCCAGUCGGGCGGGUGCAACCGCCGGCGAGGACGAACCUCGGAGCAAUGCUGGACGGGAGGUGGCUCCCCCGGGCGGGCUCGCGCCCUGCCACAGCAGCGGCACUCUGCCCCUGGGCAUCGCACCCUCGCCGGGCCUGCCGGCUGGCUUUUGCACACAGAACGAGAAGAGGAACCCGCCUCUCUCCUGUUUCGGAAAUGUAAAUAAACGGUGUGAACUUCUGCGCUCCCCAGCUGGGUGCUUCUCCUAAGGAAAACCCGGGGGUGGCCUUGGGGGGGGGGUCUCCCCAGCCAGGCCAGGCGUUUCCUGCUAUCCCCAGAUUGUUUCCAAACGUCGUGCUGGGUUCCAAAUAAAGGGGCGAAGAUCCGGUCGGUUUCGUUCUUGCGUCCGGCUCUCCCCUCCCCUGCCCGGCUGCAGCACUUCCUUUGAGCCGCGGAUGACCAGCCGAGUUGCCCCCAAGUGCCCCCAUCCCCGCCACGGCCUCAGAAAACCAGCCUCGCGGGUGCAACUCGUGACCCUUGACCGCCUUCCCGACGCAUCGGGUUGCCCCUGCCCCCAAAUCCAUUGAGAAGAACCGAGGAACCGGGCCGAGGAAGGAGAAGCGAAUGAGAUAGCCCUAUUUUUAAUGCCCCGUCUGCUCCGCAAGAGAUUAUCAUUUUUAAGUGGUUUUUAAAAGAGACAAUAAAAACUGGCAACUUGUUUUUUUGUAAAAA